UGAUGAUAGUUGAUGACGUCGUCUGGAAGAUUUCAUCUUCAUCUUGUUCUUGUUAAUCUUGGACCGUAAUUCUCAUAUCAGAAGCCGAAAUUUUGAAAGAUCUUGUCACGAAAUAGUUGGGAGAAACCUUACAGGAUGGGACUGAGAUAUCUAAUUUUUGUUUCUUCGUUGAUGCUUUUCUUGGUAGUUACAUGCUCUGCUCAAACUCCAACAGAAGCACCUAGUGAUGCAACUACACUCAAUAUGACCACACCAGAAGUGGGACCUACCGAAAAUAUGACAACAGCGAAGGAACCUGACACAGCCGCUGCCAACGACUCCACAACCACAAAACCCAAUACCGAAGCACCAGCACCUGACAAAUCGUCAACCGAGGCACCGACCACCAAAGCACCCAUGACUGAUUCACCGACAGAGAGCCCUGCUGCUGGUACCACCGACAAGGCAGCGGAUAGCGGUAGCAGAAAAGGUUUUAGUGCCGGUAGUUUCGUUGGCGGUAUCAUCUUGGCUGUAGCGGUUCUUGGUAUUGGAUUUUGCGGAUUUAAAUUCUAUCAGUCAAGACAGGAUAAGAAUUACCAAACACUAUAGACACAAACAACACCAAAGACUACCUUUUUCUUAUCUUUUUACUUUCUUUUAAUAGAUGUUGUGUAAUUUAUAACAACUCCGGAGGGAGGGAGCGGGAGGGGAGGGGGGUGUUGCAUUUUUGCCCAAGUAUGGGGUAUUCUUGUCAGUUAAAACUAUUUAUAUCAAGGUUUGUGAUUUUGUCUGUCAGAUUUUCAGAGAUAUUUUUGAUGGUGGUUUGUUUGUGAUGAUAAAUCUGGUGAUUAUUUGAUGUCCAAUGCCUUUCAUUAUUAUACACAUAGUGAUUGAUAUUUCAAAGUGAAUGUGGUGAAUCACAUCAUACAUGUAUCUUUAUUUGAGGUCGUCAAAUGUAUUCUUGACAGAACAAAUGUUAUAGUCAAGUGGUUUAAAGGGGAAUGAAACCUUUGGAACAAAUAGGCUUGUGUAGAAACAGAAAAAUCAAAGAAUAAGAAUAAAGA